AUGUUGACCGUGAACAAGUUUUUGAAAUUUUUUUACCAGAAUUUUCGCAUUUUAGUAUUCAAGACAUAUCUUCCUGCCUUUCUGGAUUGGUUGGAUCUGAAAUCUAUUUGGAAUGAGCGUCUCGGUGCUAUUCCUGAAGAAAACGCCUUUUCAUGUGCUCUUAUGUGUGGCACCAUGUAUUGUGACAAUUAUGAUGCCGCUCAGGUUGUAGGCAUAUUUAAAAUGGUGGUUCUUCCCCUCUUGGGUCAGCUAGCAGAUGAAUAUGGGCGUAAACCACUGCUUCUGAUUACUGUUUCUACAUCCAUAGUGCCAUUUGCCAUACUUGCUUGGGAUGAUUCCAGGGCAGCUGUUUACUGGUACUUUGUACUUCGCACAAUAUCCUACAUAGUUAGUCAAGGAAGCAUAUUAUGCAUAUCGAUUGCUUAUGCAGCUGAUGUGAUUGAGGUCGGCAAGAGAUCUGCAGCAUUUGGUUGGAUUACUGGGCUUUUCUCUGCUGCACAUGUUUUGGGAAACAUCUUCGCCCGCUUUCUACCUGAAGGGUGGAUAUUUGAGGCAUGUGUCAAUUUGUUUGUUGGUUUCAUCAACACUGUGCAUGACAGUAUUUCUAAUUGA